AUGCCUCGCUCAUUCCUGGUCAAGAGUAAGAGGGCAGGAUCGCACUCUCUGCGACCUCUAGAUGAGAGUCCCAGGUCGACCAUCUCCACUCACCGAACUGAGCAGCCCUGUAGACUCUCGGCGGAGCCACCGUCGCCGGGGCCUCCCCCCCCGAAUGCCACGUCACUUGCUGUGGAGCCUCAGUGUCGAGACACCCCCUCCCCAUGCCCUCGUCACACCCUCCAGCUUCCAGGCUCUGUGACGGACGGCCACCAACACCCUGCUUGGUCCUCAGAGCACUCAGACCACAUAGCAGUGCCGACUUUGUUGCCCUCUCCAUCAUUGCCGUGGGCCCCACUGUGUUCUGGGGUUCCGCAGAAAGAGUUACAUUUUGAGAAACUGCUGAAUACCAUCCUGAACCACCAGCAGGGGGCGCCGGAUCAAGGAGAGCUUGGUAACCACCAUUGCUCUGUAUGCAGGUGUCUCGCGUGUAGCAAGAUGUUUCCCUCUGCCUCGAGUUUGGACACUACUCAUAUGAUCUGGUCACGUGACACGAGGCUGACUGUCCCAUUGGCUGCUUACAGCAACGAGCGCGCCCCGCCAUAUAACUUCAGGCCGGACACAGGAGUAAAUGGCAGAGUAAAGGAGAGGAAUUUCACCUGCAAGGUGUGCGGCAAGGUGUUCAAGCGCUCGUCCACUCUGUCCACACACCUACUCAUCCACUCGAACACGCGGCCCUACCCCUGCCAGUACUGCAGCAAGCGCUUCCACCAGAAGUCUGACAUGAAGAAGCACACCUUCAUCCACACAGGCGAGAAGCCCCACGUCUGCCAGGUGUGCGGCAAGGCCUUCAGCCAGAGCUCGAACCUCAUCACGCACAGCCGCAAGCACGACGGAUACCGUCCCUUCCCCUGUCCCAGCUGCCACCGGGGCUUCCAGCGCAAGGUGGACCUGCGGCAACACCAGGAACUGCACUGCGGACACAACGGCGUAUUCGCGGAGAGCUGAGGGAAAAAGCUACACGCACACAUGCACGCGCAGCGCGCCUAACACGUCAACCUGUGGCAUUAAACAAACCACUCACCUCCAUUGCUCGGCCCACACAUCAUGACUCUGACUGUGUACAUUCACAAAUUUUAAUUUCCCAUCGCCAGUCACGCACUGCCUCUGCGCCUAAAGGGCCACGACCUUUGCCAUUCUGUUAUGGCGAUACGGCCCACACACAGGCUGAACAGAAAGCCCUCUGUACAUGACGACACUGUUUCAGCGAGGACUGUGCACCAGAAUGCCCCCCCCCAUUCCACCCCACCCCCCAGGCGGCCGUCAUUUCUGGAAUCUCUCCCGCGGCGCUUACUUUACUUUUUUUCUGAGCUUCUGGGUAUCAUAAAAUGCUAUCGGCAUUUCAAAGGAACAGCACUGGUUAGUUCUUACUGUAUACAUCGCUGCAGGAUUUCCACUUUGGUGGUGAGACGAAUGAAUCGCAAAGCUUGCUUCCUGUCAUUAACUUGUAUGCAUCGGGCAGUGAGCCCCACUGUUCACACAGCUUAACUCGGUGCGAAAAGGUUAAAAAUACCCAUCAUCAUGGAUCAGCAGAAUGCAUUCGAGCUGCAGCAGUUACUUGGUUAAAUUACAGCCGCUCCUCAGAAAACCAGAACGGCUUCAGGAAAGUCCCCCAUUUGCCUGUUUGGUUUGUUAGACUCAAACUGCCUUUAAACAAAUGUGCCAGGGAAGCAGCGUUAUGUUGGGAUAAGACUCCUUCUGCUCUCAGAC